CCAGUGCUUUGACGAUUCCUCUCCAACAGGUUUCACUGUUGCAGCUGCUUCAAGCAGAGGCUGUGUAGAGCAGAGGCAGACCCGAGCACCAAAAAAGGUCUCGAGAUAGAGCCCAGAGGAGAGCCGGCUCCACAGAUGGAAGCGCUGGAGAGGUGAGGGGGGGCAGUUAGCUGGUAGAAAGAGGAAGAAAAGAGAACAUUACCUGCAAAAGAGGAUGUAAGAGAGAAUUUCAUGUUCUCUGAGCAGAGCGAUAAAAGGACGCGGUAAGUGGGGUGGGCACUCGCUGACUGUGUUUGCAGUUAUGAGGCCUGCCGGGGCGCCUCAGGGCAUGUGAGGACUCAGAGGGAGGACAGAACCCGGGUUUGGACUCUUGCAAACUAUGGACCACUGGUGUUAAGCAGCUGAACUAAAGAAAACAGAUCAAGCUGCACGCUCUUGGCAUCAUGUCACUAAGCUCUGAUCUCGGUUCGUCUGACCUGGUGAAGAGUCCUCAGAUCUCCGGCCCUGCGGGACUCCAGACGCUUUUGGACCUGCUCACUGGUGUCUAUCAGGAGUUCUACUCAUCACCGUUCUCAAGGGAGAAGUAUGUUUCUGGUUUUCUGCAGUGGGCUGAGCCUCUGGUGAGGGGCGUUCAGAGGAUGUGCAUUAAAAGAGAGGACUUCCACAUCCUGAAGGUGAUUGGUCGAGGAACUUUCAGUGAAGUCGCCGUGGCGAGGAUGCAAAGGACAAAUCAAGUGUACGCUCUGAAGAUAAUGAACAAAUGGAACUUACUGAGACGAGGGGAGACCGCGUGCUACCAGGAGGAACGGGAAGUUCUGUUGAAGGGUGACAAACGCUGGAUCACAGAACUGCACUACGCGUUCCAAGAUGAUAACUACUUGUAUUUGGCCAUGGAUUAUUAUCCGGGUGGAGACCUCCUCACGCUGCUCAGUAAGUUUGGAGAUCGGAUCCCUGAAGCCAUGGCUCAGUUCUACCUGGCUCAGAUGGUCCUGGCCAUUGAUUCUGUGCACAGGUUGGGUUAUGUACACAGAGACAUCAAGCCUGACAACAUUUUACUAGCAGCUAACGGACAUAUUAGACUGGGAGACUUUGGCUCCUGUCUGAGGCUCCAAGAGGAUGGAAUGAUACACUCAUCCGUAGCUGUGGGGACUCCUGACUAUUUGUCUCCAGAGAUCUUAAGGACGGUGCAGAGAGGGGAAGGCUACGGUCUGGAAUGUGACUGGUGGGCUUUAGGCAUCUGUGCCUAUGAGAUGCUGCUGGGGAUAACGCCAUUCUACUCAGAGUCCAUCUCUGAAACCUACGCCAAGAUUAUUAACUUUCAGGAAUAUUUUGAGUUUCCACCUUCUGACGGCACAGUUUCAGAGAAGGCCCGCUCCCUGAUCUCUGGAUUAAUCUGUGAGAGGGAGACCCGUCUGGGCCGGAGAGGCUCCAGUGACUUUAAGAGUCACCUGUUUUUCCACAGUGUGGACUGGGACUCGCUGCAUGACCUUCCUGCUCCCUUCCUGCCUGAAGUCUCCAAUCCGACCGACACGUCCAACUUUGACAUUGUAGAGGACUGUCUUCCUGACAUGGAAACGCUGUCUGAUGUCAUGAACACUGCCCCAAUAGGAGUACACCUGGCUUUCAUCGGAUACUCCUACAACACCAUCAGCCAAGGGGAGACUCGAAGCCCCAGCCAAGACAUCAUGAUGCAGAUUGACCAAACGCAGCACAGGAACUGUGAGAACCGGUUCACACUGGAGAAAAUGAGUCACAAUUUACCUGACAACUCGCCCACGCCAAUGGAGCUUCCACCUCCAAUGGAGCAAAGCUGCACCGCGUCGACGGACAUCUCUGAGGAGGAGAUCCGAGGGUCAGAACUUAAUGAACGGCUGCAAAGAGAGUUAAACGAAGCAAAGAGAAGAUGCCUUGAUUUGGAAAAAGAGACAGCAAGUUUGAAAGAGGAGAGACUCACCUGGAGAUCUGAGAAGGAGCUGCAUUUCAGCCAACCAUCUCUUACUCUGUCCUUCCACUGUCUGGAUGCACCGGAGGAUAAGGAGACGACCCCCCCAGUCUGUCAGUACCCCCUGGUGAUUCACAUCCACCGACAUCUGGUUCUCUUCCACAGGGUUCGUCUGCCACAGAUGAGAAGUGAAUCCUACUUGCUGGCGUGUGCAGAAGGGGGUGAUUUCCAAGUUUGGUAGAUUUGAGCUUUCAAGAGGCUCAACAGACGAAACCCCAACAGUGCUGCAUCACAACUGUUCCACCUCCUCAAAGGAACCAAUGAAUGAGCCCUCCAGCCUCAUUCUUCUGCAUGUUAAUACUUAUGAUAUGAAAUGUUGACGUAGCAACAAAACUACAUUUUUUGGGAGAUCUUUGAUGAAAAAUCUGGAAACAGUUAAGAUGAAAAGCACCAAAUGCAGUAGUAAAAGAGUUGGACUUCACCUUGCCUGGUUAUCAAAAACACCCGUAUAUGCAGAUGAUGUUUUAAUAUAUUUUAAUUUAAAAAAAUGUAAAAAUCACAUUUUACUGUAUGACAUUAAUAGUAGUGAUUCGAUUUUAAGUGACUUGGGGAAAGACCACGCAUCUUAGACCAUAUUGGUGUAUAUAGUGAUGAUUUUAUGACUUUUUCCUCAGAAUCAGGCAUCCAUACCUAUGAGUGGUUUUUACAUUUGCAGCACACAUACCGGGUUGUUUGCUGUGCCUUCAGUAGGAUUCAGAAUCUUUAAAAUGCUGUAGGUUUUUUUUAUUUUAAACUAAAUGUGUUUUUCUAUUAAAUGAAUGUGGUUUAAAUAAAAAAUAACCAGAGUUUUUGGGUUUUAACUUUCAACUCUUAGACCUUUUCACUUUUAACAAGUUCAAGGACCUGUAAACGUUUACUCUAAGUUACUCUAUUAAACAAAUUUCUGUCUUCA